CAGUGGCUGAGGAAAGCAGGAGGUGGUGGUGGCGGCGGGAAGACGCUGCUCUUUGGCGUAAAUUGCAAUCGAUUAGGGAUCGUUUCUCAGAAUCAAGUUAGAAGUGGGAGUUCAGAUAAGUGAGGCCGCCAUUGCUGCUUUGAACGCCUCAGAAGGGGAGAAUGGAUUUAUCAGGAGUGAAAAAGAAGAGCUUGCUAGGAGUCAAAGAAAAUAAAAAGUCCAGCACUAGGGCUCCUUCACCUACCAAACGCAAAGACCGUUCAGAUGAGAGGUCCGAGGAUCGCUCAAAAGAUAAAGGGGCCAUCAAGGAGUCGAGUGAGAAGGAUCGCGGCCGGGACAAAACCCGGAAGAGGCGCAGCGCUUCCGGUGGUAACAGCAGUAACAGUUCUCGGUCCAGCUCCACUUCCAGCUCAGGCUCCAGCACCAGCACUGGCUCAAGCAGUGGCUCCAGCUCUUCCUCAGCAUCCAGCCGCUCAGGAAGCUCCAGCACCUCCCGCAGCUCCAGCUCCAGCAGCAUUUCCGGCUCUCCAAGUCCUUCUCGGCGCAGACAAGACAACGGGAGGCGCUCCCGCUCCAAAACCAAACCACCUGAAAGAGAUGAAAAGGAGAGGAAAAGGCGGAGCCCAUCUCCUAAGCCCACCAAAGUGCAUAUUGGGAGACUCACCAGGAAUGUGACAAAGGAUCACAUCAUGGAGAUAUUUUCCACCUAUGGGAAAAUUAAAAUGAUUGACAUGCCCGUGGAAAGGAUGCAUCCCCAUCUGUCCAAAGGCUAUGCAUACGUAGAGUUUGAGAAUCCAGAUGAAGCUGACAAGGCGCUGAAGCACGUGGAUGGAGGACAAAUCGAUGAAAGUCCCGCUCCCCGAGGCGCAGGUCCCGCGUGCGCGGGAGAUGAUGCUCCCCGGGCCGCCGCCGCCACAGGAGCCGCUCCAGUUCCAACUCCUCCGGAUAAACAGGCCACUGAAGCUCUCGCCCCUAUAACUUAUACGCCACCCAGCUCAGUUUUAUCACUUUUCUAGCCAAAGGAAGAUCAGUAGGAAAGCAAACCCUUCACUCGGGCGGAAUUUGCAGGCAGCAGUCAGCACCCCUCUGCCGGCCGGGCUCUGGCUGCAGAAGUGCUUUUGAUUUGGGUGUUGUGUGCCUGUCAAGAUUCCCUCCGGUUUUCUGGCUAGAAAGCUCACCCGUUUGCAGUUUCUAAGAGUCAGUUCAGUGGCAGGACCACCAGGGACAAGUGAGGCUCUGGGGGUGGUGUGACCCUGCCUGCCUGGGAGCACACUUUUCCCUUCCCUGGUGACCUGAGAUGGUGGCCAAACCGUGCCCUUGCUGUUGCUGGGCAGUGUCCUUUUGGAAAGGGAGCCGUCCCAGUUGCCAACUCUGUUAGGCCGGGCCUCUCGAGGCCUCUUGCGACUUCAAGGGUCACACCCCCCCAAAAAUUCUUUCACCCAUGGUAGUUUCUGUGCACGGUUCUGUCUGUCCGUGCAUCCAUGCACACAUCCCACCCCACCACCCUACUCUGAAAUUGGCGAGUGAGAGCCAGCCCUGCGGGAUCAUCACGCAACCAUGGUCAUGCCUGACCUUCAUGGUGGUCUUUCAGGUUAUCUUGGCAACAUGUACAUUGCUUUUUUUUUUUUUUUUUUUUUUUGCUUUUAUUGUACAGUCAGUACUAUAAAAUUUCUCUUUGAGUU